AUGAUUACUAACUUAAUAAUUUUAGUAUAUUUAGCAUCAUGGACAGUAUUCAUUAUCUUGAUUAUAUUGAUCGGAUAUCUUUUAGAUAAAUCAUAUAGACUAGCAUCAGUAUCUCCACAACCUAUUAAUAAGACACCAGGUGAAACAACUUUUGGAAUUUUACCAAUUACAUCAAAGAUAUAGAGCCAAAUGAGAAGCCAACAAUUAACUAGAUUUGAAAACAACGAAUUAGAUGAUUUUUUUAAUAAUCCAGGAGAUAAUUCACCUAAUUUGAAUUAAGAGGAUUAAUUUUAUAGUAAUGGAGAAAGAAAUAUUACAGAAUAAAAUUCUCCGAUUCGUUUUACUGUUGACACAAAAUAAGUCUAAUCUCCAAGAAUUAAUAGAACUCCUCAAAGAUCUAAUACAUUGAGAAAGACUAUUUUGAGAAAACCUACAAUUGGCACUUUUGAAGGAAUUGAGACUGCAUAGACUACAAAUAGGAGAAGCUUAAGGACUCCUGGAAAGAAGUUAUCGUAAAUACAAAGCGAUAGGAGCAGUGUAGGUGAUUUUACACCGAGAUCAAGCAACCAAAAAUAUUAAUAAAAUCAACCAAGAAUUUCACAAUUUAGUAAUUUUGGAAAGGCUGAAGCUAUCAAAUGCGAUCCAAAUUAUUAAAUACCAAAACCACAAAAUGAUUUUUAUAAAUGUCAUUAAUUUAGUAAAAUAUUUUAUUCCCAUAAAGAAGGGAUAUCAAGAACCUUUAUGACCCUUACUACAUAUUUUAGAUAACUAAUUUGUUUGGAUGUGUCAGGAGUGCUUAUUCAUUAUCUACCAAAUCUCAAUUUGUGGAUUAUUAUUGGGAUUACUUCAAGCUGUUGUUUCCUGUUCAAAAUAAGUGAUUAUUAUGCAAUAAAAGGCAUUGUUCGUCAUCAUCAAAAUUUGAAAUAUGGUUUAAUUUUGCUUUGGAUUUCAAGUAUUGGAAUAAUUAUUUGGCUCAUUGUGUUUCUAAGUUUUGAUAAUUUAUAUUGGUUUAUUGAAUAUCUACCUAGUUUACUAUUAGAUUUAAUAGUGAUUGAUCCAUUAAAAUAUUUUAUGAUCAAAUAUUGUUUGCAAGAACCAAAGAAAAUCAGAGAACCUAAAUCAAAGGUAGAUGUCCUAAAAGUAAUGCAAUAAAUUAGAUGA